AUGCACGCUCUUAUCAUCGGUGGAAGCGGCCGUACUGGCAAGCUCGUGGUCGAGGAACUUUUGAAAAGAGAACAUAGGGUGACUGCUCUCAUUCGCAAUCCAACAUCGAUGAAAGAUUUCGGAAGGAUUGAUGUUGUCAAAGGUAUCUCCUUCCUCAGUGUUCAACUGCACUCCCUUCGAUCACCCACCGAGCUCGCAGACGUCAGACAAGCCUUUGCGCAUCGCGUGCCAGACGUAGUCGUGGUCACGCUGAAUUCCCCCCGCGCAUCAGAAAGCCCAUUUGCAGCACCGGUCUCGCCCCCCAGACUCAUGGCCGACAGCAACGCCAACGUGGUCACGGCAAUGAAAGAAUUCGGCGUCAAGAAGGUGGUCAUCAUGCAGGCCUUUGGAGUGGGCGCCUCAUGGCCGAACAUGGCGUGUCUGCUUCGUGUUCUAAUGAGUAAGACCAAUAUGAGCUAUACGUAUGACGAUCACAAUAUGACUGAUCAGGAGGUUCGAGAGAGUGGUGUCACCUAUGUCAUGGUUCGGCCUUCGCGUCUGGUGGAGACGGAGAUUGAAACGGUCAAGGAGUGGCCGGAGAAUGGCAAGGGAGUGCCUAUGAUGGCAAGCACGAGUCGCAAGAGCGUUGCGCGAUUCUUGGUGGAUGCCGCGGAGACUUCUCGAUGGGAUAAUACCGCACCCGUGAUCUCAAACUGA